AAUGAGCAUUUGUAGACGUUUAGCGAAUGUGGAUGCUUGACGAAAUAUUUCACAAAAUACUGACAAUAUUUAAAUGGGUGAUUCUGAACAUCCCGAGAAAACCGGGGAAUCUGAUCCUGAUGCCAUUUGGCCAGAGAAUGGAGAUCAGUGGAGCGACAAAGAGGAUGAUGAAUGUGUACUGUUGCUCGAAAUGGCUGAAGAGGAUGAGGAGAUUGACCUCUACAAUGUGGAAACAUUUGGCUUGGAUGAGGAUGUGAGUGAAAAUCCAGAUGUAGACCCUACGGAUCUCCUGCUGCUGUGUGGCGAUAGCUCCCCAGGACCGCGGUCUUCACCUCCACCCCCUCCCAGACCGCCUUCCUCUUACACUUCCCGUUCACCUCCCAGACCGCCUUUACCACCUCCCAGACCGCCUUCCUCUUACAGUUCCCGUUCACCUCCGAGACCGGGACCUCGCAUUUGGCCCCACGCUCCAACAGGCCGGUCUCAGCGAGGGAGAGUGGGUCAAGGGCAGCUGUUUGAUGACCCAGCUGUGGUGAAGACUGUGACAGGUCGACCAAGCUUGAAGAGUCUUGAUAGUGCCAUUGUGGAUUGCAGCCUCAGCUCCUACUGGGAGGACCUCAAUUCAAAUACAUGGAUGAUAUCAUCUUUAAAGUCCAACAGGCCACCUCCACCGUCUAUAUAUCAGGACCAGGCGAUUGUGGGAGUGAUUGACCGAUCAGCACGUGGCAGGGUCCCACCUGUCUCUCCAAACUAUCUUUCUCCUAUAAGGCCUUUUUCCACUAGCCGGGGCAGGAGGGGACAGUCUUUCGCUGGAUCUUUCAACCAGAGGUGUCAUUUUCAGGCUCAAAAUAGUCCUAUGGUGCCUUGCACUCCCUUUCGACCCCAAAGACUCUUUUCACCCCAACAACAAUAUAACCAGCCUGGAGGUUUUCUGUCACCUUCCCGUCCUCCUCAUCUCUCUACCCCAAUGCCCCACACGCCCAAACUCAUGCACCUGCAGUUUGGGACAGAGUCCCCCAGGCCUGCUCCAUUCUACAGCCCAUCUUCCAACAUCAUGCAGGACUUCAGAGCACCUGGUCCUGUUGUUCAGUUCCACCCCCAGCACAAACGGCUUUUGAGUCAGCGACAGCAGAGACCUCACAGAAAGCCAGUGAGCUGGGACCCAUAUUGUCAAAUCAUGACUGACAAAGAGAAGGAAUGGAUAAUCAGGCUGCAGAUGAUCCAGCUACAGAGUGAGAAUCCACAUCUGGAUGAUUACUAUUACCAGGAGUACUAUCAGAGGAUGGAAGCCAAACUUGCCGAAGAGGAGAUCCUGGGUGACCGGUUAAAAAAGGAACCCCCCAAACUCACAACCCCUUAUGUUACCAAAACUCUUUCAUACACCCCAGUGGUCCACUUUGAAGGUUCACUCGGGCAGGUUGCAGUGUCUACCUGUUUCUCUCCAAGAAGAGCAAUUGAUGCCGUUCAUGCGCAUACACAUGAUGAGGAGCACAAAGACACUAGACAGCAAAGGUUGGAUGUGUUGAGCACCAUUGAGAAGUUGUACAUAGUUUUGUUAGAAGUGGAAGAGGCAGAGAAAAUGAAGGCAACGGUGUCUGACAAAGAUGAGGAGAGGCGGUUGAUGCAGAACAUUAAGAGGAAGGUGGAGCAGCUUUACACUGAGCUGCGAGUCACUAAUCUACUGGACUCUGGAGAGGAAUUUCUUUCGUGUCUACUUGUAUCAAAAGGAAAGAGUAUGUUGGCCAGACUCCUCCCCUUCCUGUCACAUGAUGCAUCCCUACAUAUUCUGAGCGUGGUGACCAAACACCUCCCAGUAUUGAUGAGCAGAGAUGCAGAUGAGGCCCUGCCUGUUUUGUAUCCAUCGCUCCGUGCUGUGGUUGAUGGACUUGUGUUCAGUCAGCUAAUCCAAAUUCUCAAAGAGUUCACCACAUCACUGCCCGACUCAAAAGACACACGGUUAACGCUGGCCUGCCAAAACAAGUUUGGUCUGUCGCUGCUGUAUGCCCUGCUCUCGCAGGGAGAAAGGCUUUUAUCUUCUGACCUUCCCAUGGAGCCCAGCAUUGGAGACUUUGAGACCUGGACGGAUACAGUAUUCCAUGUGGCCCGGCAGCUAUCCCAGACGACACUUGUUGAACCAUUACUUCUGCCCCCCAACCUGCUAACGCUUUUCUGUCGAUAUCUGGACAAGCGGACCAUACACCAACUGAAGAACAACAUGGAAUCAGCAACGGGAUAUCUGGCUGUAGCAUCAUAAAUGAGCACUGACCCUAUGACCUCUCCCUCUACAAUGGCCUGGAACAUAGGACGACGCCAAACAGGAAAUGAACUGGAUAUUGUGACAGACCACAUUCAUCAGUGAUUUAUGUCUUCGUGUCAGCCUCAAUUUCCUUUUCUCCUAUUUCUUAAACUGUCUACUUUAAGCGUAUUCCAUAAGUCCUAUCAAGGUCAGCUUUGCACUGAUUAGCAAUUAGCACUUUUUUUUUUUUACAAGAUUUAUCAGUAUGAUUUAUGGGGAAGUGGCUGAUAUUCAGUCAUAAAUCAUGACCGUAUAGAGCCUCAUGAAGCGCUUCAUGUCACAGAUAAAGCUGAUCAUGGCAAGCUAUUGGAUGUGAGAUUGUACAGUUGCACUAAAGGUGUUGAGUUUAAUUUUGUGAUUUAUAAUAACAUCUUUUGUUAUGAAACCAACCAUGUCUUUCAAAGAAAGGUUUUGGGUGUUAAGUUGCGCUUAAGUGAAAAGUUUGCGGUAUGGUUUCAUUUUGUUUUAUUUUUGUGAUUGUUCGACCUAAUGUCAUAUGUAUUUUUUUCCACUGUUGCAGAGCACAUGCAAAUUAAAAAAAAUAAAUAAAUAAAAAUUUGUAAAAGUAGUUGAAUCAAUGUUGAUUUGUGACUGAAUCA